GGAUCCCGCCGAACGUGAGCGUAACCGGUCCGGCCCGGGGAGGCCGGCGUCGGUCUCUGUCUCAACUCUUCCCCUGGGACGUCCCUGUCCCGGCCACUCCAGGACAGGCAGGUGCCCGCCCAGCCCUGGGACCCGGCCGGGAAAACAGACUCUCAGAGCUGCCGCCCACCCUCGGGCGCCCCCGGCAUGGCGGGCCGGGGACCCCCAGAGCGCAGCCCAGCCCCAGCCUGCCCCGGGGACCCCACGGCAGCCCCCAGAAGCACCGGCCGCCAGAGCCCGCGGGACCCCGCGCCUGGCGGGGCCCGAGCGUGAGGCCGCUUUGUGUGGCGCUCUUUGUAUUGGAGGCGGGGACUGUGCCGCCCGCGGGGCCGGGCCAGGCCGUGUGAGCCGGUCGCCCUGGUGGCCCGUCCUCCCUCCCGCCGGCCCCGUGUCUCUGCGGAGGCGCCUCGGCCGUGCGUCCGGCUGGAGACCCAGAAGUGACCAUGCUCAAGUUCAAAGCCUUCUGCCUGGAGUACGGGCAGAUCCUGUGCCUGCAGCCGCUGCACGGGGCCUACAAAAGCGUCGAGGGCGAGGCCCCCAGCAGCGAGAGCGGCACGCCGCUGGACAGCCCGUCGGCCUACCACCAGGGCGCGCUAGUGCCCGGCCCCGGCCUCGGCGCGGACCAGUACGAGCAGGCGGCCGGCGCCUAUGGGCCCUACGCGGGGCCGCCGCGCACGCGCAGGCCCCGGCUGCAGCACUCGACGUCCAUCCUGCGCAAGCAGGCCGAGGAGGACGCCAUCAAGCGCUCGCGCUCGCUCUCCGAGAGCUAUGAGCUCUCCUCCGACCUGCAGGACAAGCAGGUGGAGAUGCUAGAACGCAAGUAUGGGGGGCGCCUGGUGACCCGCCAUGCGGCCCGCACCAUCCAGACGGCGUUCCGCCAGUACCAGAUGAACAAGAACUUCGAGCGCCUGCGCAGCUCCAUGUCCGAGAACCGCAUGUCGCGCCGCAUCGUGCUGUCCAACAUGAGGAUGCAGUUCUCCUUCGAGGGGCCCGAGAAGGUGCACAGCUCCUACUUCGAGGGCAAGCAGGUCUCGGUGACCAACGACGGCGCCCCGCUGGGCGCCCUGGUGCCCCCCGAGUGCGCCGAGCUGGGGGAGCCGCCGGCCACGCUCAAGUCCCCGGCGCCGUCCAGCGACUUCGCGGACGCCAUCACGGAGCUGGAGGACGCCUUCUCGCGGCAGGUGAAGUCGCUGGCCGAGUCCAUCGACGACGCGCUCAACUGCCGCAGCCUGCACGCCGAGGAGGCGCCCGAGCGCGCCCGCGCCCGCGACGCCGAGCCGCAGCCCGCGCUGCGCACCGAGCGGCACCCGCUGGACGAGAUGACGGCCUCCUACAGCGACGUGACGCUCUACAUCGACGAGGAGGAGCUGUCGCCGCCCCUGCCGCGGGCGCAGGCCGCCGAGCGCGCCCCCGGCGCCGCCCCCGACUACUGGGCGCUGGCCCCCAAGGACGACAAGGCGGACACGGACACCAGCUGCCGCAGCACGCCCUCGCUGGAGCGGCCCGAGCCGCGGCUGCGCGCCGAGCACCUGCCGCUGCUCACCAUCGAGCCGCCCAGCGACAGCUCGGUGGACCUCAGCGACCGCUCGGACCGCGGCUCGCUCAAGCGGCAGGGCGCCUACGAGCGCGGCCCCGGCCCGCAGGGCAGCCCCAAGCACGCGCCCCACGUCCCCAAGGGCCUGGCGCGCGACGAGCCCGAGCUGCGGCCCCGGCCGCCCCGGGCCCUGGAGGGUCACCUGGCCAUCAACGGCUCGGCCAACCGGCAGAGCCGCUCGGAGUCCGACUACUCGGACGGCGACAACGACAGCGUCAACAGCACGUCCAACUCCAACGACACCAUCAACUGCAGCUCCGAGUCCUCGUCGCGCGACAGCCUGCGGGAGCAGACGCUCAGCAAGCAGACCUACCACAAGGAGACGCGCAACAGCUGGGACUCGCCCGCCUUCAGCAACGACGUCAUCCGCAAGCGGCACUACCGCAUCGGCCUCAACCUCUUCAACAAGAAGCCUGAGAAGGGCGUCCAGUACCUCAUCGAGCGCGGCUUCGUGCCCGACACCCCGGUGGGCGUGGCCCACUUCCUGCUGCAGCGCAAGGGCCUCAGCCGCCAGAUGAUCGGCGAGUUCCUGGGCAACCGGCAGAAGCAGUUCAACCGCGACGUGCUCGACUGCGUGGUGGACGAGAUGGACUUCUCCGCCAUGGAGCUGGACGAGGCCCUCAGGAAGUUCCAGGCGCACAUCCGGGUCCAGGGGGAGGCGCAGAAAGUGGAGCGGCUCAUCGAGGCGUUCAGCCAGCGGUACUGCAUCUGCAACCCCGGGGUGGUGCGCCAGUUCCGGAACCCCGACACCAUCUUCAUCCUGGCCUUCGCCAUCAUCCUGCUCAACACCGACAUGUACAGCCCCAGCGUCAAGCCCGAGCGCAAGAUGAAGCUGGAGGACUUCGUCAAGAACCUCCGAGGCGUGGACGACGGCGAGGACAUCCCCCGGGAGAUGCUCAUCGGGAUCUACGAGCGCAUCCGGAAGCGCGAGCUGAAGACCAACGAGGACCACGUGUCCCAGGUGCAGAAGGUGGAGAAGCUCAUCGUGGGGAAGAAGCCAAUUGGAUCCCUACAUCACGGGCUUGGCUGUGUGCUGUCGCUGCCCCAUCGGCGGCUGGUCUGCUACUGCCGGCUCUUCGAGGUUCCAGACCCCAAUAAGCCCCAGAAGCUGGGGCUGCACCAGAGGGAGAUCUUCCUGUUCAAUGACCUCCUGGUGGUCACCAAGAUCUUCCAGAAGAAGAAGAACUCGGUGACCUACAGCUUCCGCCAGUCCUUCUCCCUCUACGGCAUGCAGGUCCUUCUCUUCGAGAACCAGUACUACCCCAACGGCAUCCGGCUCACGUCCGCCGUCCCCGGAGCGGACAUCAAAGUGCUGAUCAACUUCAACGCCCCCAACCCUCAGGACCGCAAGAAGUUCACCGAUGACCUGCGGGAGUCCGUGGCGGAAGUGCAGGAGAUGGAGAAGCACCGGAUCGAAUCCGAGCUGGAGAAGCAGAAGGGCGUGGUGCGGCCCAGCAUGUCCCAGUGUUCCAGCCUCAAGAAGGAGCCCGGCAACGGGACGCUGAGCCGCGCCUGUCUGGACGACAGCUACGCCAGCGGCGAGGGCCUCAAGCGCAGCGCGCUCAGCAGCUCCCUGCGCGACCUCUCGGAAGCGGGGAAGCGAGGGCGCCGCAGCAGUGCAGGAUCGCUAGAGAGCAAUCUGGAAGGAUCCAUCAUUAACAGCCCUCACAUGCGCCGGAGAGCUCCAUCCGCCCGGGAGGGUCCUCGCCCACACCAGGCCAUGCCCAACUCCUCCCUGCUGGGCUCCUUAUUUGGCAGCCGGAGAGGGAAGCCCCCGCCCCAGGCCCACCCGCCCGCCGCCCCGCCCCCGCCGCACGCGGCCGGCCACCACCCCGGGCCGCCCGAGGGACCCCCACAGGCCCCGGUGCACGGCCACCACUCCCAGUACUGCCACGUGCAGCAGAACCCGCCCCCCUACCACCACCACCACCACUACCACCCGCCCCCGCACCUCCCGCACGCCCAUCAGUACCACCACGGCCCCCACGGCGGGCACGCGCCCUACGCCGCCCACGCCCACGGCCACCCUCCGCUGCCCUCGGCCCACGCCGCGCACGCGGGGCACCAUCACGGGCAGCCCCCCGCCCCGCCCCCUCCCACCAGCAGCAAGGCCAAGCCCAGCGGCAUCAGCACAAUCGUGUAGGCAGCCUGGGCGGGGGGCGCCCCCCCAGGACCACGGCACACACUCGGGGGCACGCCCAGGGCGGCCGGCCUCAGCCCGCGCCCAGGGCCUCGGUUUCCAUCUCUCCCUCCGCCCGCCCAUCACACGCCUGGGCCCGCCUGUCACUGAACAGAGCUCCUGAUCGACACCCCGGCUCCCUCCGCCCGCACCCCCGGGGGCGGGCCUCAGCCUCCCUCAGCCCAGAGCAGGGCGUGGCCCGUAGGCGCGGCCCCUCCCACCAGCCCCGGCGCUCGGCCCCUCGAUGCGCACGCACACCGACACCCAGCCUAGGAAAGAAGAGGUGGGCUUCCCAGGCAGACCAAGCAGGACAGACCCCCAUGGCUGCAUUACAUUGCUCUGUUAUUGACAAGGGGCAAAUUAUUAAGUAGACCUGAUAUGGUUGACGAAAAUACGUAAGUAAACGUUAUAUAAUAUAAAUAUAUAAAUAUAUAAAUAUAUACAUAUCUCUGCACUGUCUAGGUAGUGUCUGUGUGUGAAAGCAGCGGUCAGCCCAGUUAGCAGCCCCGCCUCACGGCCCCUCCGCCCCCUGCUAGGAAGACCGCCCUAGGCGAGCGUGAGAAAGUAGACCCCAGCCCCGUAGAGCAAGUUCAGAGCCUAUUUUGCUACAGAGAAGACAAGUCCCUCCAGGGUGGCUGAACUCUUAACACGGUCAUUACUAACUGUGCCAAGUAACCUAGCGCCUGAGCCAGGGCCGCCCUGGAUAAGCCCGUCCCCUCUGAGCAGAGCACCCCCUAAGCCACCCUACCUGACUGCUGUUAUUUCAGCUAAGAACUAGACCCGCAGGCAGUCCCCUCUCGCGGCGACGCGGGACAGCUAGUGAGGAGCUGGGUGUCGGGCCUGGGUGCCCCAGACCCUCAGGCACUUUGUCACCGGCCGCAGUGACUGUGAACUUGAGUGCCCCGCCCCCUCUUAUCCUGUGCACACGGUCAAGUUAAAGCCCAUUCCCAGGACCCCGGGGCAGAGGGCUCCUUCCUCUGCCCGACCCCGACCCCAGCAGGCAGGAGCCCCGCUCCUGGAGGUGACCGAGCGCUAGCCGCGGGCGGUGUGUGUGUCCCCGUGUUGUGUUCUGAGUGGACGCAGUGAUCAUUGUGGUUCCGUGUGCUCACCGACCCGUGUCAUCACCGCGGCCGCCAGUGCGGCCCUCGCCGCGGAAGCCCCGCUGCUGCCUGCUCAUGGCCCCGCCAGCUGCCGGGCAUCACGUGACUCCGCUCCCUCGUGUCGCUUCUGUGUUGUGGUGGCACCAUGCGCUCCCACCCCCGGGGCCAGACGCUGCCCGCGCCCGGGUCUGCGCCCGCGUCACCCACGGCCGCCCUUUCCAGUUUCAGCCUCUCGAGCCUCUGCCCGUGCUGUGCUCCUAAGCCGGGGGACCCCAGGACUGCUUGGCCCUGCCAGCAAGGGCGAAGCUGCCACCCCCUCCGCCGGCCGCGGGCGCUGCGUCUAGGGACAGCGCGGCAGCAGGGGAC